CCCAGAUUGGAACAAGGUUGGAGACAAAAUGGAGACCUAGAAAUUUCAGAUCCCUGCUUUCAUUUUCCUGAUAGUCUUCGUCUUCCUUCCUCCUCCGCACCCUCUCUGCUCACGCUCGCUGGAAACCAUGUUUGGGACUAGGGUUUCGAAAGUAACCACGUCUGAAACCAUUGGAUUUUGCUAGGACAAAGGCGGUGGCGGGCCAGGGAUGUACUCAGCUUCAAUUAAUAUUUUAUUUUGAUUUUCCAUCCAAAAAAACAAAAAUACUGAGAUUCAUCUUCUAUGCAAAAAUAUAACCUUUGGUCCAGUAGUUCUCCCCGCAAAAAAGGAUCGGGAACAUAGGGGCAAAUUGUUGAUUCUGUGCUAGGAUUUGGAACAAAGAUAUAGAGAUUUAUUUUCGAUGCAAGUGUUCAUCUUAGCCUUUUCUUUCAAUUUCUUUUGUUGGUAGAUUAAGAUUUUCAUAUUUUAGGCAUACUUUUUUAGAUUUUCCAGAAUCUGCUAUCAAGCAAUGGAGGAUGUUCAAGCUAUUUUACCUCUCUCUAUUUUUUUUCUUUUCUUGAAAUGGUUAAUUUGAGCACUCUUUUUGCAUUGGGUGUGGGGUCAUUGUUGAAUUAUCUUCAACAAUGUUUGUCACAUUGGAGUAUAAAAAUUUGAAUGAAUGUACAAGGACAAACCUCUUAGGAGAAAGCUCAAGAGUAGAAUGAUUAUGGAGCAAACCAUGUAAAAUGUGUUUCCCAAGAAAGCGAGGAAUGAUGAAAGCCUAACUCCGUCCAUGGACGACGAUUUAAUUCCAUCAACAACUGCAUACGACGAGAUAACACCUAUGUCUUCUUUCUUUUUCAAAUUAUUUAUAUUUAGAGCACGGUAAUAAGAUUUUUGGUACUUAGAGUUUCCAAAAUUUAAAACUCUAGAUUUGGCGAUGGAGAAGGCGACCAUGAUGAGGACAGGGGGCAACUGAGACUGAUACGAAGAAAAGGUUAAAACAGAUGGCCAAACAGUAAGUUGUGAUUCUCUUCACAAGAUUGCAGGACUAAGAUUGAUUGUCUUAAAAAGGUUAAAAUCCAUGACCAAAUAGAUUUUUCUUCUUAAUUCUUUUUUUUAAUAUGUGGGCUUCUCACAUAGUUAGGAAGUCAGUUACUUCUAGAAGUUAGGAUUUAAUUUUAAUAUAAUAUGUUCUUGCUCAUUCAGAUUUUGGAGAAUAAUACAACUAAAAUGAGGAAUAAAUUGAUGGAUGCUUUGUUGGGUAUCCUAUCACAGACACUGCUUGAAAAUAGAAAACCUUGAUGUGGAGCUUUGGCUUUCCAUCUAGAAGGCAUGGGGCCUUGGAAAAGGCAAUAAUGGCAGGGCUUUUGUGAGGAUAAUCCACUGUAAUCAAGGUAAGAAAAUUACAAUAUUAGUUUAUUUUUUUGUGAGGUUUUAGUAUUUAGUUUUUAAUGGGUACUAGAUUGUUGUAGUUUAUGGGUUCUUAGCUGUUACGGUUUUCCAUACAUUAUUUGUCUUUAAGUAAGUACUGCUAUAAUGUUGAAUCUUAAUUGAUAAAAAUGUUGGGUUUUUAUUAAAAGAGUGAUGAAUUAACUAUGCAUAAUCACAAGCAUUCCAUGUGUAUAUAAUCUUUUUAUAUAUUAGAUGCAUUACAAAUCUUUGAGUGGCUGAUGUGCUCCUUGCAUAAUAUUUCAGGAUGAAAAGGCUAUAUGAUGCAAUGUAAUGUUUUGAUACACUACUCCCUUUAGCACAUUAUUGUUCAUGUGCUGCUUAUCAUUCAGUAAAUUUUGCUCCUAUGCUCUCAACAACUAAUUAUUGUGUCAUCUAAGUUUACAUUUGUAAAAAAUGAUUUUAAUGUGCAAAAUAAUGUGUAAAAAAAUGAUUUCGGUAUUCAUUUGAUAAAAUAAUACUCUCUCUAGGUUGUGAAAGUCAACCACAUACAUACUAACACAAGAUGUGGUCAAUCAAAUGUCAGAAUAAUGUAUUUUUGGUGAUUUUUUAUUAUUUCUUUUUGAAAACAAAAUAUUUUCUAAAUUACAUAUUGGGCCUGAUAGUGAGUAUAUAUUAGGCUUUCGAUGUUAAUUGUGUACUGAAGCAUAUAUGGAGAAAAUUAUCACAAUGAAAACUUGGUUUUCAAUUAUGUGAUCAUAAAAGCUUUGUGUGGCUAUUCAAGUUUUCUCUUGAAUAAAAAAAGUAUCAACACAUUUUGGGACCUCAUAUUGCUGGUAAGAUCCCAGAAGCUUUCUUCUCACUUUAUGAUUAUUUUGUUAUCUUACUUGGGAUUACUUAUUGAUGAUAUUUUUCCGUUUUUCUUGGUUUUCUUUUCACAAUAAUUUGAUUUUUAUUAGUGGGUAUAUAUGUAAAAAAAAUAAGCAAUAUUCCUCAUGGUAAUUCGCUUUAAAUGUGUCUGAUCGUCCUUUAGAUUCCUAAAGGGCCUCAAGUCUCAACUUGCAGCGUGAUCUUAUUUUCCUCAAUGCCAAAUUGCUUUAUCUGAUCUAUGUACUUUGAUGAAUGCAGGUUGCAAAUGGAUUGAGCUCUUACUUUGGAAGCUAGCAAGCGGCAUUCUUCUAGCGUCUUUGUUAAUACUCUGUUUCAAUUUUUUCUUCUUAAUGAUUCUUUUUAAAAUGUUUACUUCUUAGUGAUGUGGGUUGAACAAAUCAUAUAGUAGGUUGAUGGUGAGGUUUUUGUUCGGUACCUAGAAUUUGAUAGAGCAUAUUAUUGAAGUUGGAAUAGUCUCUUUUAGAGUAUUAUUAGAUUUUCUCCAGAAUUUUUAUCCAUGCUAAUAUUGCUUGGCAUGCUCCUAUUAAAAUAUUUAGAAAAAUGCUAGAGGUACACCAAUUGCCGCAUCGCCGCAGAUGUCUCCUCCUUCUCCUCCCGCCGCCGAUUCUCCCGUAGGAGCGGCUCCAGCAGCCCCUACCACUCCGAUCUCCUCAUCUCCGAGCUUUGCGCCUGGUGCUGCGGGACCCACGCCCUCCAUUACCACAAAAAAAAGGCAAUAGACUACAGUAAAAACUAAAUACAUAAAAAUAAAAUAAAAUUGCUCAAAUAUAUUUAUGUACCGAUUUUAAGUUUUUACUGUAAAAUUAGAAUAAUCGUUCUUUUUAACAAAGAAAAGAAACCCAUUUCUUAUUUCAUACGGAGUUUUUAUUUUAAUAUUUUCCUCUCUUUCUCCGCCUAUAUAUACUCCUUAUUCUCCAUCAACUGCCACCAGAUUCAAUCAGACUGCGGCGAGUGGUUUACCGUCUUCAUCAGAUACAUACAUUCAAUUGUCAUUCAAAUUCUCCGCAAUUUACUCUCAAUUACAGUGUUGUUAUCUGAAUUGAAGAUGGGAAAGAUGAAUUCCUCGAAAGCUAUUUUCAUCGUGCUGUUCGCCGUGGUGGCUGCCUGUGCCCUAGGUCAGGCGCCGGCGAACUCUCCGGCCAAGUCUGCGGCGCCUUCUCCCAAGAAAUCGAAGACUCCGGCGACUGUCCCAUCUGUUGCCCCAGUUGCUGCUCCAACUCAGGCUGCUACGCCUCCAAUUGCCGCAUCGCCGCAGAUGUCUCCUCCUUCUCCUCCCGCCGCCGAUUCUCCCGUAGGAGCGGCUCCAGCAGCCCCUACCACUCCGAUCUCCUCAUCUCCGAGCUUUGCGCCUGGUGCUGCGGGACCUACUGCCGGAACUAACAACGCCGUCACCUUUAACAGAGUUUCUCUGGCCGGAUCUGUGGCCGCGGCGGUCGUCGCCGCCUCCUUGCUGUUCUAAACUCUCCGAUCUGCCGUCUAACAGAUUUCCUGUCACAUUCGCUGGAUCUGAUGACUUAGGACUUUUACUCUAGCUAUAUACUUCGUUUGUUUUUUGUUUUAUCGUUUUCAUUUUUCUUGCUGUGAUUGGUCGGCGGCGACGGUGGUGUUUAUCGGUGGCGAUUGAGAGGGACAGAGUUGCAGAUCCAUUGUUUUUCGUAUUUACCUUCCUUCCUAUAGAUGAAAAGGAAGAGUUUUGGAACUAACAUCAAUUACUUACAGUUGAUUGGCAGAAACCCUAAGUGAUGAUACACAUACCAGUUAGGAGAAUGGUAGAGGACGAUGUUCACCGGGCUCUAGCUACUUCUUGUAUGCUCGACACUCAGGUGAGUUCUCCCUUAGGGGUGAUAAUGGCAGCCUUGAAGAAUCGACUCCAUUGAAGUCAAUCUUUCUGUCCAAGGAAGUACUGAUCUUGGAACCUGAUUUUCUCUUGUUCCCCUGAGGACCGUUUUAUAAUUUA